CUAUAAAGCGUGGCCGCCUCCCUCAGCGCCUGGGACAGCGAGACCCCGGGCGGUCGGACGGACGGACGGGCGGGCGCUGGUCGCAACUCGGGCCGUGCCCGCCGAGAGAUCCGGACACUCCGUGUUCCCCCGGGGCCGGAGCCGGGGCAGGUCGGGGCGCAGGCCCGGGGGAUGCUGGGCUCGGUGAAGAUGGAGGCCCAUGACCUGGCUGAGUGGAGCUACUACCCGGAGACGGGCGAGGUCUACUCUCCAGUGACCCCAGUGCCCACCAUGGCGCCUCUCAACUCCUACAUGACACUGAACCCUCUAGGCUCUCCAUACCCCCCCGGGGGGCUCCCUGCCUCCCCACUGCCCUCAGGACCCCUGGCACCGGCUGCCCCCUCAGCGCCCCUGGGACCCACCUUCCCAGGUCUGGGUGCCAGCAGUGGCACAGGUAGCAGCUCGGGGUAUGGGGGCCCGGGGUCCGGGCUGGUGCAUGGGAAGGAGAUGCCCAAAGGCUACCGGCGACCUCUGGCCCACGCCAAGCCUCCUUAUUCCUACAUCUCGCUCAUCACCAUGGCCAUUCAGCAGGCACCCGGCAAGAUGCUCACGCUGAGUGAGAUCUACCAGUGGAUCAUGGACCUCUUCCCUUACUACCGGGAGAACCAGCAGCGCUGGCAGAACUCCAUCCGCCACUCACUGUCCUUCAACGACUGCUUCGUCAAGGUGGCGCGCUCCCCGGACAAGCCGGGCAAGGGCUCCUACUGGGCCCUGCACCCCAGCUCUGGGAACAUGUUCGAGAACGGCUGCUACCUGCGCCGCCAGAAACGCUUCAAGCUGGAGGAGAAAGUGAAGAAAGGGACCAGUGGGAGCUCUGCUGCCAGGGCCGGUACGGGGUCGGCUGCUUCAACCAUCACCGCUGCUGCCACUGUGACCUCCCCAGCGCAGCCCCCGCCCCCGCCCCCCGAGCCCGAGGCCCAGGGUGGCGGGGAAGAGGUGGGGGCUCUGGACUGUGGCUCACCUGCUUCCUCCACACCCUACUUCACUGGCCUGGAGCUCCCAGGGGAGCUGAAGCUGGAUGCGCCCUACAACUUCAACCACCCUUUCUCCAUCAACAACCUGAUGUCGGAACAGACACCAGCGCCUCCCAAACUGGACGUGGGGUUUGGGGGUUAUGGGGCUGAGAAUGGGGAGUCUGGGAUCUACUACCAGGGCCUCUAUUCCCGCUCUCUGCUUAAUGCAUCCUAGCAGGGGGGUGGGAACGUGGUGGUGGGGUACGGCUGUGGCUUGUCCCAUAGGUUAACAUCUUGUUUGGUCUCUUCCGUACUGUGAUGAUUCACUGGCUACUGUGAUAACAGCCAUGGACCAUGUUGGGGGCCCCGUGGGGUGCCUCACAGACUGCCACAUUGACUGAUGUUAUUGGUUGAACCCUUGGGCACUUUGAUGAUCGCCAUCUGGGAUGGCAUCUUGGUUGGGCCUUUGGGUGUGCUAGUGAUACCAUUUCAGUGACUCUUCUGUGGCCCCCUGAGUGCUGUGAUCACUUAUAUCCCGCAUGACAUCUUUUUUGGCCCAUUGGGUGCUUAGGGGGCCACUGUAUUGGCCAUGUGACGUCAGUGUGCCGUUGAGCACCAUGAUGCCCACCAUGCUCCAGUGUUGGCCGUCAUCACUGUAUCUUUGGCGUGGCCUGCGAGAGGGAUGGAGAUGAGACGAUUCCUUCAUUUUCUCUGAUGCCCAUCCCCCCAGCCGCAUCCAAGAGAAACCAGAAAGGGCUGGUCAGGGUGUGGGAAAUGUCUACUGAAGUCAAGUUCUUGCCUGGGAAGCGGGAUACUGGCUGUGUUUGACCAUUAAAGGCACCGAUUCCGCCUCUUA